AUGCGUUGUGUUUUCUCCGCGACUUUUUCUCUUUUGUUUGGCUUGUUGUGGGCUGGUGUGACUUGGGCUUCGGGUUUCGACGUUACUACAGCGCCUGGUGUCCGAUAUGAGGACCGCGCGACUGCUUCGUUGGCUUUUGACUUGGGAGGAGUGAAGCACACAUUGAAUUUUGAGGUAGAGAAGGCACAGGAUGAAUGCCAGUAUGAGGGGCUUUCAAUCAACGGACAAACGCUUCAACAACGUCUGCACCUGUUGAGUCUGCCGGCGCGACAGGAGGACGGCACGGCUAAGAAUGUUGAUUACUUGUUGACACGGCAAUGCGUGGACGAUGCCUUUGGCCGUCGCGUCACGCUCAGUGACAUCGUCUUCCAUGUCGCGGACGAUGUAAUGCUUCGUGUUUCUCUCUCCUACAGCCAAGCUAGCGGUGAUAAACCCCAGAUCAGGAGGGUUCGGAUGAUAGAGAUUACUCGUCAUAUCGACGAUGCGGACCCGUUGCCCGCCGACUUCACGGGCCUCCUCGACGUCGGACCCAAAUCUGGUUGGACAACCCCAGAGCCGGAUGUGGCUUUUCACCAUCAUAAUCCAUGGCACGACGAGAAGAUACCUAGCAUGCACAUAGGCCCUCCUAUUCCUUCACCGGUCAGCAUCACCCCAUCUGCGACACCAACCUCGACAGAAAGCGCUCCGAGCGACCUGACCAGCGAGCUGCAACGCCUUGAGUUGUUGCAGGCACACGCAGCCGAGAUCGAGCAGGAGGUCAGAGCGACACAGACACGAAUAAUGUCGAUCUGGAAAGCCGACUUCUCGCACUGUGUGUCCUUCAGAUGCUACCUGAAGACUGUCAUGACGAAGAUCCCGACAUUUGCUCACCUCCUCGCAACCCACUUCUCGCACCAUAAUCACGUUAACGCCACCUUCUUCAGCCAGACCGCACACAUGAACUGCUCCGACGAAGUCGAGCGCGUCGUCAGCCAGCACACCCAGGAGCAGACCACUCUUAUCAACACCUCAGCCGACACCACCGUGCAACACGACGAACUCGAUGUCUCGGUCGAAAAUUCUACGCCUGCGGCACCGCCCCCAAGUGACUCAACGCCCUCGACAGCCAGUGACACGAUCCGUAUCCCAGCCUCGCUCUGGACAGCAACAGUCUCCUUCCAGACCCGUUUCAAAUACGCCUACAUCAUCGCGUCCGCGUGCCUGAUCUCACUGUUCCUGCUAUCCCUCGCCCUCUUCCUCUGCAUCCGCCGCUUCCGCGACCCCCGCCGUGUCGUCGAGCGCGCUGCUCGCCGAGAGGAACGCCUCAAUCGCGCUCUCUACCGAAAGGCGGCAUGUAAGCACAAAUUUCGAACGCGCUGGCAGCAGGUGUCGCGGCCAUUCAGAGUCGGCAGUUGGCUCGAUGCAGUCAAGGCGGCGAAGGAUGAGUGGAAUGAAUGCAAGAACGAAAAGGCCAGCGUCGUCGUUGCAACGAGUACUCUGCCCAUUUCUGACGAUCCGGAGAACGGAUCUCCAAUCGCCCCACAGAUCAACAACCUCAGAGGCGCGUAUACACUCAUCGCCGACCUGCUGUCCCGCUCCAACAGGACAAACGGUGCAGCAGCAAUAGGAGUCACCGCCGCAACCGCAGCAGUGGACACGUCAGCCUUCGCGGCCUCGACAGAAUCACUGCCCGCCUAUUCCCUUCCACCACCGAGCUACCGUAGCCGUCAGCGCGCGGACAGUGAUUCUGUCAACUCCACUUCUGAACAAGGCGGCUCAGGUGAUUCGGACAUAAGUAUCGUAGAUGGCUUCACGGGGUAUACGAGGAGCACGAACUCGGAGCCGGGAUUGGCGAGGACGGAUAGUAAUGUUGAGUCGGUGGACGUGGAGAGCAGUGUGGUGACGCUGUCGACGAGAGUUAGUAUGGAUAGUGGGUCGCAGCGGUGA